GAAGUGUAUUUGUCUAUAGAGGAAAUGAUGUAAACGCUACAGAAGCGCUGCUUUGUGAGGAUUAGCUUCAGUUUAAAGUGAUUUUAUUUAUAAAAGUUGAAAUGUUAAAGUAAUUUUGUUCACACGAGUUUAUUGAUUAAGUUAUUAUUCAGCGACGCAGAGCAGCGGGAGCGCGCGUAGGGCUCAUUCAGAUUGACAUCAUGAUCUGUGUGUGAUUGUCUCUCAUGUAUGGAUGGAAAAUCUUCAGUAAAUGUCACAUGACUCUAGGUUUGAUUCAUCAUUUCUGUUGAACACUGGAUCGCUGCUGAAUUUUCCCCCGCAGCCGUCAUGUCUCUGCCUGAGGAAACAGGGGAUCGUGGGAAAGAGAGAGAGCGUGGCGCUCGUCCUAAAGUGCGUCAGAGCCGGUCCGAGGAGAGAAGAGAUGGGGGAAGGAGGAAGGGGUCGAGGGGUAAAAAGAAAAGCCACCCGUCACGGGACCCCGCCACCGAGCGACCCAUGAGCGACGGCUUUGAGUACGGAGAUUUACUGAGCGGUCUACACGAAUCAGGUGGCUCUUCCUCUCCUGUGAGGGAACGCAGGAGGUGGCAGCUCCUGGGAUCAUCCGGAUCUUUAUCCGCCAAACCCGGCGCCGACCUCGGCUGUGACACGGAGAACAAACCCUCCGGUAGCGGGCGUACGCUUCGGCAGAAAAUCCAGGAUGCGGUAGGACAGUGUUUUCCGAUUAAGAGCAACAGCCAGGGCCUGUCUCAGCCUGUCUCAGCGACGGCCUCAUCUUCGGCCUCGGCAUCCAGACGUAAGAUUCACCUGAGCGAGCUGAUGCUAGACAGCUGUCCGUUCCCUGCCGGCUCCGAUCUGGCCCAGAAGUGGUACCUCAUCAAGCAGCACACGGCUCCCCUUUCUCAAGCGCCCAUCCUGGAACCCUUAAGCGGAUCGACCAGCACCUCGACGGUCGUCGUUGCCGCCGCCACCCCUGUGGAGGACGAGGAGGAUCGUUUGCGAGAGAGACGGCGAAUAAGCAUCGAACAGGGUGUGGAGCCGCCGCCCAACGCCCAGAUCCACACGUUUGAGGUGACCGCUCAGAUCAACCCUCUGUAUAAACUGGGACCCAAAUUGGCGCACGGAAUGAACGAAUUGGCCGGAGACGAGCGGGCGACACUGCACCAGCUGCUGCUGCAGAGUUGCUUGGACACCUUGGAUGAGGUCGCCGCAUCGUCCGCUGCCUCGGCUGAUGUCGAGCUGGGCGCAGGCGCCGCGUCGCCCUCCGCCUGUUCCUUGACCGGGGCCCCUUUAGUUCAAAUGGACAGUCCCAAAUCACAAGACGGACAGCAUCGUGUACACACGCAAAUCGAUUACAUCCACUGUUUAGUGCCCGACCUGCUCCGUAUCACGAACCUGCCCUGUUACUGGGGCGUCAUGGAUCGGUACCAGGCCGAGACGUUGCUGGAGGGCAAACCCGAAGGCACGUUUCUGCUCCGCGACUCCGCGCAAGAGGACUACCUGUUCUCCGUCAGCUUCCGGCGAUACGGCCGCUCGCUGCACGCACGCAUCGAGCAGUGGAACCACAACUUCAGCUUCGAUGUGCACGACCCCAGCGUGUUCCACGCGCCGACCGUCACGGGCCUCCUCGAGCACUACAAGGAUCCCAAUUCCUGCAUGUUCUUCGAGCCGCUUCUGUCGAACCCCAUCCACCGGACGCAGCCCUUCAGCCUGCAGCACAUCUGUCGCGCCGUCAUCAGCAGCCGCACCACGUACGACGGCAUCAACGCACUGACGCUUCCCAAUGCGCUGAAGGAGCACCUGAAGGAGUACCACUACAAGCAGCGCGUACGUGUUCGCCGGCUGGACACGUGGUGGGAGUGAGAUAUGGCCCGAACCUGGUGGACCGGGUGUCUCGCGUAUGGUAUGGGUACAAAAGUGAAUUGGUUAUAGAGAACUCAACACAAAGAAGUGUGUGCCUUUCUGAUGCUACGUUCGACACGUCAGCACUGCAGUAUUUAUACAGCACCGAGUUUGUUUUUUUAUGACAUUUCUCCUUUAUUUAGUGACGUUUGGACCAGGUUCAGUUUCUAUGGUAGGUGGAGUUUCCACAUUGCGUGCUAUUUAAAAGCAGACUGCAGACCUUGAUCUUCCUUUUAACAUCUGUGCCGUGCAGGAUCACACAUUCCAGACAAACUCAGAUGGUUGUAGUGAUCACAGUUGGCAUCAUUACUGGAUUAAACUACACUGGAAACUGGUGCUAAUGGUCAUCUGGACUAGACUGUGUGUGUGCAUUGUGAUCAAGUGAAGUGAAGAGCAUCUACAUUAGCAUUAGUUUGAAUCCGGAUUAGUUUGCCUGGUGUGAACAGAGCACUAUUAUGAAUAUUGACAUGGACCAAUCUCUGUAACUCCGCCCUGAUGUCUGCAUCACUCAAAAUACACUUUGACAUGCAUGUUUGAGUUUAAUCACACAUUUACUUUGUGUUUCAUCUAAGUAGGAUAAUCGCACAAAGAUCUGGCAUCCGAUCACAGAUUAUCCUCUAAAGACUGACUGAUAUUUCUGCUUUAUAGUCAUUGUCUUAUUACAGUGCUUUGAUUCAGAUGUGAGGUUGAUGUGCCAGUGAAAGUGUGGCUGUAUUUGAGAAUGACAGAAAUCUUUAAACUCUUUAGGGUUUAUUUUCUAUCACUGGACAUCACGGAUGAGUUGUAGGUAUGAAUCAUGUAUCUGUUUAUGGGAAACUUCAUUCCACUCCGUAGAUUUUAUUUUUAAUUUAUAAUUCAACACUUUAAUUCAUCUUGUAUUCCACUGUAAUACACACAAUAAGAAUGUAAAUUAUUCAAACUACUCAUUUCAGGUUUAUUGAAGUACUGAAAAGAAAAUACUGAGUCUUAAAUUAAAUGAUGCAACUUCAUAUGCUUGUAUGUAAGCAGACAGUGUUGACAAUUUAAAGUGAUUUCCAGGAGAUGAAGGACCAUCAUGAUGUCAAAAUAUCUCCUAUUGCUCUUUUUUUACACUGAUAUUUAUUUUCUUUGCCUAACAUGCUUAGAGUUUCUGACAUGCAUUUCUUAUAUAUUAAAACCAAGUGUGAAUAAUUUUAUUGCAAUGUACGGUGUAAUAAAAGCACAUAUUAACAAACUGUUAACAUUUUGUGUUUGUAAGUUUUA